UAUCCAGCAAAAUACUGUCAUUUUUCGUGUUUACGUUUGGCAAUCCACUGAAAGUAUUCAAAUAAUUGUUCUUGGUUGAAUAUCUGUUGAAGCGACGCUCGUACAGCCGCUGUGGUUUGGAGAAGACAUGGCUAAUGUGCUGAAGAAGGGCCUGGCGAGAAAUCUGAGGGAGAUCCGAAUUCACCUGUGUCAGACAGCGAGCAGUAGCAAUGGUGUGAGGCAAUUCAUCGAGGAGAACUAUGUGGCUAUGAAGAAGGCCAACCCAAGCUUUCCGAUCUUGAUCCGGGAGUGCAGCGGAAUACAGCCAAAGCUCUACACACGAUUUGCACGGGGAGAGGAGACACAUGCUGAGCUGACGGACAUGACCAGUGCACAGGUCAACCGGACUCUGCAGAAACUCGUCGACGAGGCACCGCAGGCGUAGGCGAAACUCCGGACGGGCCGGGCUGCGGCCGCCGCCUGAUCAGCUAUGUACAUAGAGCGCUUCUAUUUAUCAUUGCUUGGCAGAGGGGUGUAGUUAGAGACCCUGUGUGUUCUAUUCCUUGUGCAGCAUUCUACCCAUGAUUAUGUGAAUAUUAUCAGCUCACAGUAGUUUGUUUUGAUUUGUGUACUAAUUCAAGUAAUUAGUUGCUUGUACAGGAUUUUGUCAAUUAUUAUUUUAAAUGAUACAUUUCACUUGUAGAAGUGAAUAUUCUUCAUUAGUACUUCAGUAGUCUUGGUCUGAUCCGACCCAGAUGCGCAAGCCUCGUGGCCUUUGUGGUUGUGUUCUUCUAGUAUAUGAUUAUCUUUUAACCACCGAAUCAUUAGCAGGUACUCUUUCUGCUACUAGCACCACUGUAUCACGCAACUUGUGCCGGUGCCCUGUUGGCCAGUCGGGGUAGCCAUUCCGAGAAGGA